AUGGAUACCUCAAAAGAAAACAAUGAAUAUUUAAAAGUGGCAAACGGGUGCUCAAAACCAAAGGAAGAGGGUGCACGUUCUGCCUCUUUUUCAAAAUCUAUUUCCGGGUCAUGUACAUUAAAGGAAAAAGAAACGAUUGUUACGAUACAGGACGCCGCCAACAGAUGCGUAUUUUCAAGAACUCAAGUGUUUGUGACUUUAUUAGCGUUUUUCUUUCUUUCAUCAGUGUUGGUUGUUCUGGUGGUGUUUAAAAAUCCUGGAUUCGGAAGUAGUUACAACCGCUAUUUUAAAAAUGGCGACGGGAGUUUGAACACUGAAUGCGCAUGUGCGAAUAUCGAGGAACCACUCACCCAUGACGUGAAAACCGAGACUCCAUCCACUGUGUUAACAGCAAAUGAUGAAAAUAAAGCUUUAUCGCGAAUUUCAACACAUCCGGAACUAAGGAUACGGUUGCCGGGCAACGUAAUUCCAAGACAUUAUGACCUUGACCUAGAUAUAUACAUUGACGAGGCGCGGUACAAAGGGUCAGUUAAAAUGUACGUAAAUGUUACAGUCAAAACGAGUCUUGUUAUAUUUCACGUAAAACCAUACCUUUUGCGAGUCCUCGACGAAGAGGUAUAUAUCUACAAACCGAGCGAUUUUACUAACGAGAAACAUCUUGACGUCAUAAGUGCUGACGUCAUUAAACAUUUCACAGAUUUUGAUAAAGAAGUGUAUGCCGUCCAGUUGAAAUCUCCACUAGAGGUUGGUGAAUAUGUGAUUUAUGUGAGAAAGUUCGAAGGUCACAUAUUUGCGGACUUGAAAGGUAUCUACAUGAGCUCUUACAAGACAACAGACGGCGAUGAGAGGAGUCUGGUCGCCUCCCAACUACAAUCCACUGAUGCUCGGAAAGUGUUUCCAUGUUUUGACGAGCCUGCGAUGAAAGCAACAUUUACCGUGUCCAUUACCCACGACGCUAGUUACACUGCACUGAGCAACAUGCCGGUACGGACAGUACAGUGCGUUGAGGAGUGCACGAGGCGUCGAGCGGUGUUUGAGACAACCCCUGUCAUGUCCACCUAUCUUCUUGCAUUUGUGGUGUCCGAUUUUAAAUACACCGAGACCUUCCUCAAUACAUCAAACACAAACUAUACGCUAAGAAUCUGGUCCCAACCAGAUCUAAUAAACCAAACGUACUACGCUCUGAAUUUUGCCAAGUCGACUUAUGUGUACUUCACAGACUAUUUUGACAUGCCAGACGUUCUGCCCAAAGCAGACCACGUAGCGGUGCCUGACUUCAGCGGAGGUGCGAUGGAGAACUGGGGUCUUGUGAUAUACCGCGAGACGGCGCUACUUUAUGACCCGGAUGUGUCGUCAUCGUCCAACAAAUACAUGGUCACACUUAUUGUGGCCCAUGAGAUUGCGCACACCUGGUUUGGAAACAUGGUAACGAUGAAAUGGUGGUCGGACCUCUGGCUGAAUGAAGGCUUUGCCAGCACACUGAUGUACUUUGCCAUGGACCAUGAAUUCCCAGAAUGGAAUGUGCUGGAGAUUGUCGUAGUUGAAGACAUGUUUCCGGUGAUGGUGAAGGACGCACUUGUGACGUCACAUCCCGUCUCGCCGAAUAUCGAACAUCCUGACGAGAUCGCGGAAUCUUUUGAUCAGAUUUCUUACAAUAAGGGGAUGGCCAUUCUGCGGAUGUUGGAGACCUUUCUGGGAAAAGAGGGCUUUCGCCUGGGGCUGCAGAUGUACGUGCGGAAGUACAAGUUUGACAAUGCUGACCAGACGGAACUUUGGCAUACUUUUUCUCAGGCUAUGAACUACACAGUAAACAUCAGUUCCAUAAUGGAUACCUGGACGCGCCAGAUGGGUUACCCCGUGAUACACGUGCGUCGCCAGGACGGCUUCUACAUUCUAGAACAGGAACGGUUUCUAAUGGACACGCCCACUGCGGAAGACACGCCCAGUUACGAUUCUGAAUAUGGGUAUCUAUGGCGAGUUCCAUUUACCUACAAGUUUGAGGGGGACACCGACCAUAAGCUGAUAUGGCUCAACAUGGGACCAGGUAAGGUUCCCAUACCGGAGGAGAAUUCAUCAGGUUGGAUCCUGGGUAAUUUGGAUUAUGGAGGCUUUUACCGCGUGAACUACGAGCUGGACAUGUGGGGCCAAUUAGGCAGACAACUCAAUGAGGAACACUCAGUGUUCUCCCUUGCAAAUCGGGCUGGGCUUAUCGGGGAUGCGUUCAACUUGGCCAGGGCGUCAAGAGUUGAUUAUGGUCUUGCCUUCAACAUGACAACUUAUUUGGCCCACGAAGACAACUAUGUCCCAUGGAAGGCGUUCCUGGAUUGUAUUGACUUCAUUCAGGGAAUGCUUUCAAAGACAAGCGCCUACGUUCUGCUGCAGAAAUACAUUGGCAAUCUUGUAUCACCUGUCAUAAAGAAGAUAGGGAUGGUGGAUGGUGGGAACCUCCCACAGAUGUAUAUCAGACGAAUGCUACUUCGAACCGGAUGUGACGUAGGUGUCGCCGACGCGUUGGAAUAUUCAAAACAACAGUUCCGUGACUGGAUGAUCAACGGAACCAGGCUGCCCACAGAUAUUGCCCAGGUGAUAUACUCGGUAGGGGUAGCGGAGGGAAGUGUUGAAGAAUGGGAUCAUGUGUGGUCAGCUGCCAGAAAAACACAAUCACCUAGUGAACGAGAGAUGCUUCUAGAAGCUCUGUCAUAUACACAGAAACCGUGGUUGCUAUGGAGGUAUGCCAACUGGAUAUUUGACGGCAACAAGAUCAAGCUACAGGACGUGAGGCUGGUCAUGAACUAUUUUUCCAACACCCCCCUGGGUCGGAUGAUCGCCCUCCACUUCCUUAUGAACCGCUGGGACGAUUUGAAUGAUAAAUUUGGAGAAGACACAUUUAUUAUCCGGGAAAUGAUUGGUCAGGUGACGCAGUAUGUUAAUACAGAGUUCGAACUGAGACAGUUGGAGUUGCUGUUCCGUGAAAAGCCCCCUAAAGGAGCUAGACAGGGAGCUGACCACGCCCUGGCCCUUAUAAGAGCCAACAUCAACUGGAUGGACCGGUAUUAUCCGGAAAUUCUCGCCUGGCUUGAGGAGCGCGUUGAAAGCAGUUUCUAG